AUUAAGGCGACAAUCAGCAGUUAUUAUCAUCGGUAACGAAACUAAGGGUUUUUUGCGGGGUGGCUUCCUCUCUUUUUAAAUUACGAAGGGAGGGACACCCCAGAAAGAUCGUAACGACGCCCCUGCUUCCUGAAGCCGGCGUGUUUUCUCAAAUAGUCGGACGGCAGUUGCUACCAUGAAUACGUCUAACAUAAUGAGCCACUGCCCGACCAUUGCGUUCCCUUCAACAACAUGCAAUACCGUGUCUUAUCGCAGCAACUAAAGGAAUUUCAUUGCACCUGGUCUUUAUGAAAAUGAAAUAAUCUGAAUGACUCGGUGGAGUUAACUGUAAAGCAUGCAGGACGGCACAUUUAAACAGACAAAGGUAUAUCGCCAUAGCCGUAAGGCAGGGAGCAAAGGAGGAUUCCGAACUUGACUGACACUCAGGGGAAUGAAACUUCCUCUACUUCAUCUUGUUAGCUGGAGAACAAGACUAAGGACUGAAGGGGAAGAUUGUUGUAUUGGAAGAGAAUGAGAAAUUACUGUGCUCUUGUGUUUCAGAAAGGCAUCGUUCGUCCAUCGUCGAUGUCCAUUUGAAGGUAUUGAGACUAGGUGAUUUGGAUUUAAGUGAGGGAGAGUUGCGCAGCGUCAACCUCACUCUCUCUUCCCAAUUCCCAUCUGGAUCCAGUGGCAAGACAGAGUUGAGACGGCUGGAGAUGGGACUAGGCGCAGUGGAUGACCAGGAUGUCUUCUGUGUCUUGUGCUCUACACGUUCCACGACGCUUGCAGAGACCGCCUUCUUGACCGUUGGACUGUCAAUUGGUCUCAUCCGUUCAAUCCACUGGAGUCUGUCUUCACAUGCUGGGAUAGACAACUCCCUAUCUCACCACGUUGGCUACCCUCACCCGGUUUAGCCAGCUUGUCGUGGCCGCUGUCGCAUGCAAACAGCUACGGGAAGCUGCAGGUGAGAGCUGAGUGCCAGGUGGAGACCAAAGGUGGACUGACCGCCUUGAAAAAGAUGCGACAUGUGGCCCCACCAGAGGUGCUACCCCUCCAUGACACCCUCAGAAAAGCAUAGCUCACUCCGGACACACCGGAUACAUCAGUAAGACCUGAGGGUUUGUCGAUACACAAGAUGGGCCAGACUGCUGACUCAGAGAAAACAGAAGGUGGGAGUCUGUAUCUCAUGAUAAACUUUUUGUGUGCUCUGACACAGCGGUUUUGUCACACACUUAUUCCCUGACCUGGAACAUCUAAUGAUUAAGUGACAACUGCUCUACAUAUCAAGAGAGUUCUCCUCUGUGAUCCUGACCACGGUUUAUAUGUCAUCAAAAACAUAGAAAACCGACAGCACAAUACAGGCCCUUCAGCCUACAAUGCUGUGCUGAACAUGUACUUAAGGUUACCCAUAGCCCUCUAUUUUUCUAAGCUCCAUGUCUCUUAAAAGAUCCUGUCAUAUCCACCUCCACCACUGUCGCCAGCAGCCCAUUCCACGCACUCUCCACUCUGUGUAAUAAAAAAAAACAAACAAACAACAACUUACCCCUGACAUCUCUUCUGUACCUAAUUCCAAGCGCCUUAAAACUGUGCCCCUCUUUCAGCCCCAGGAAAAAGCCUCUGACUAUCCACACGAUCAAUAUCUCUCAUCAUCUUGUACACCUCUAUCAGGUCACCUCUCAACCUCUGUCGCUCCAAGGAGAAAAGGCCAAGUUCACUCAACCUAUCCUCAUAAGGCAUGCUCCCCAAUCAGGCAACAUCUUUGUAAAUCUCCUCUGCACCCUUUCUAUAGUUUCCACAUCCUUCCUGUAGUGAGGUGACCAGAACUGAGCACAGUACUCCAAGUGGGGUCUGACCAGGGUCCUAUAUAGCUAUAACAUUACCUCUUGGCUCUUGAACUCAAUCCCUUGGUUGAUGAAGGCCAAUGCACCAUAUGCCUUCUUAACCACACAGUCAAAAAAAAAGACGUUAAAUGGGCACUUGAAGUAUUGAAUGUUACCAUGAGAAACAACAAACAGCCUAUCCCUGUUGUGACUGAAUUAAGUCACCGGAGAGACAUUGAAGUUGGUGGAUAUAGAAGUCUUUAUUUGGCAAAACAAGCAGGCAUCAUACUGGAGACACUUGCCAGGGGCUCCCUGACCCAAUAUUAAAUGAUGUUUUUAUAUGCUAAAGAUCAAAGGUAACCACAGGACAAUUCUAUAGUUACAAUGCUUCAUUUUGAAUAACGUAUGAUUUUCAAACACACUCCAGACACCCAAAAUGAAGGUUAAUCAUCACUGUCUCUGGGCUGCAUUCAUGCACAUGCCGAUAUCUCAGGUCAGUGGGUGUUUCCUGGUUUGUAAUCGACCUCAGUAUGUAGAUCCAGGAAGACCAUUGUGCUGAGCUGCAUUUUAAACUCAAUCUAUGAUCCACAUUCAGAUCUGAAGACCAGUUGAAAUUAAUAUUUGCUAUAUUCUAUAACUCCAGAAUAUGCCCUAACACUCCAAAUCAAAUCAUAGUCAGGAACUUCAAGUAGGUUUGUUUGAAGAAAUCGGUGUCCAAUUAUUAUCAACAUAUAACCUGCAGCACCACGGGUCCCAAAACACUCAACCAUUGCAGUACAAUGAAUAGGAAUGCUUACUGUUCCAUCCCUGACUGCAUUUUUGGAAAUCUGAUCACUUGGCUGCCCUACCUGCAGACAGGCAAAGGCUCCAGAGAUAAAUACAACAAAGGUGUGGUCACAGGAGCAGCCAUGGGAUUUCUCCAAGUCAGUAGGCUGAGCUGUGUUCAAGAACUCGUCAGAGGAUAUGAACAAGUACACCACAGUUGUCAUGCAUUAUAAAAACAGUUGUAGAUAAGUGUGUCCCCACAAAGUCAUUUAGAAUUUUCCCCAACCAGAAGCACUGGAUGAACCAUGAGAUCCGCAUCUGCUCAGGGCCAGAUCAAUGGUAUUCAGGUCUGCUGACCAAGUAAGAUGCAAGAGGUCCAGGUAUGAUCUCCAGAAAGCCAACUCACGGGUGAAGUGGCAAUUCCAGGCUAAACUUAAUGGGUGAUGCUCGACAGCUGUUGUAGGGUUUGAAUGCUAUUAGCUCUUACAAAGUGAAACCAAGUGACAUGACAUAGGAGACAACAAAGCUUUCCUCAAUGCCUGCCAUGCUCGCUUUGACCAUCAAAAACAUGGAGGAACCUUCAAGAACCCCUACAGCCCCCAAUGACCCUAUGAUUUCAGUUUCUGAGCAACCUUCAGGAGGGUGAACCUGUGGAAAGCACCCGGCCCAGAUGAGGUACCUGGCUAAGUACUAAAGACCUGUGCUGAUCAACGGCCUGAAGUAUUCACCGUCUUUAACCUUUUGCCUCAGCAGUCUGAAAUAUCCAUCUGCUUCAAUUAUACUGGUGCCUAAGAAGAACGUGGUAACCUGCAUCAAUGACUGUCACCCAGUAACACUUACAUCCACAGUGAUGAAAUAUUUUGAGAGAAAGGAAAUGAGAAAACAAAUCAAAGGCGAGGAAGAAAAAAAACGAUACAUUAAUUAAUCCUCCGCAGAGGGAGACAGAUUGUCAAGGAAACUUUCGGCUUCCGUCGGAGUUUUAAACAAGCUACGAGUAUUGUCUGGCAUAACAACUUUCAAACAGCAGGUGCCUCAAAACUAACUAGCUGUGAGGAGCAUCCCCAUUGGACAAUCAUGUCUUUAGAUGACAUCCACAUUGAUUCAGAAGAACUGAUUGAGAAACAUCCUAUGGGUGGUGGAGGAUUUGGAAUGGUUUCAUUAUGCCACAGGAAAAAUCAUGGACUGGUUGUUUUGAAAACUGUAUAUACAGGACCACAGCGUAUGGAAUACAAUAGAUCGCUUCUUGAAGAAGGUAAAAUGAUGCAUAAAUUGAAUCAUGAUCGGGUAAUAAAAUUGAUUGGAGUUAUUUUAGAAGAUGGAAAUUAUUCACUUGUCAUGGAAUUCAUGGAGAAUGGGAAUCUGCUGCAGCUUUUAAUGAGUGUUGCUAUUCCAUUGUCUGUAAAAGGAAGAAUAAUCCUUGAAAUCAUAGAAGGGAUGGCUUAUUUACAUGACAUGAAUAUUGUGCACAAAGACCUCAAGCCAGAAAAUAUCUUGGUUGAUGCAGAUUAUCAUAUAAAGAUCGCAGAUCUAGGUGUGUCAAUUUUCAGAACUUGGAGUCGAUUGACUACCGAAGAAUUGAAGAGAAGGCGCCAAAUGGGUUCGAAGCUCCAGAAUAAUGCAGGCACACUGGCAUACCUGGCACCUGAGCAUCUGCUGUCACUAAAUACCAAAGCCACAGAAAAAUCCGACGUGUAUAGCUUUUCCAUUGUAGUGUGGGUGAUUCUGACUAAUAAAGAACCGUAUGAAAAUGCAUUAAAUGAUGCCCAGGUUAUGCACCUAGUUCUCAGAGGAGAUCGCCCUGAUCAAAAUCUCAUUCCUGAAGGAUCUCCUAAAGAGAUGGUUUCAUUGAUGGAGAAUUGCUGGGCAAGUAAAUCAGAGGAGAGACCAACAUUUUCAGAAUGCAAUCAGGAAUUUAAACCAUUUUAUGAAGAAAAUCUGCAGAAAGAUAUUGAUGAAGAUGUGGAAAAGUUGAGAGAACUGUCCCAGACGAGGCCAACUGCCCCUAGAGAACUGGUCAAAAGGAUGAAAUCUUUGCAAGCCGAUUGUGUUGCUCUUAUGCCAGACACACCUCCAAAAGAUGAUCCAAACUCCUUGCAUAGCUCACAGGGAAUUUCUGCUAAUGGUAACAGUCUAGAGGCUUCAUUUUCAUCCUGUAAAUUAAGUGAACCAGCGGAAAAUGACCUUGACAGCAGUGCCUGGGACAAUGAAAGAGACGAUGACACACAAGUAAGGAGAAAACUAGAGGAGGAAAUGAAUUACCACCUGACUGGUAGCCGCCUGGAUGCUUCAAUGUCCUCAAAUAGAUUUGAAGAGAUAAGGAAGGAAAGAAACAAAAGAGUUUCUAAUGAACCUGUUUUUGGAAGUUCCUACCCGUCUGUAAUUCUGUCUCAUCGUGCCACAGGUGUGGCUGAGCUUGAACCAUCUGAGGAUCUGUAUUGCUCUCAGGAUUCAAACACUUAUCAGAUUCGACAGAAUGUGAAAAACUCCCUUGCAACUGUAAUGAACCCAGUCAAGAAGGAAACAAACUUCCAUGCCUCGAGCAAAAUAAACUCCACAGGAUUCUCUGUUGACUACAGAGCACCAGCCCAGAGAACGUCCGGUCCUGUUCCUGUUACUGAAACUGGUUCACCAGCUGGGCAGCAAAAAAUGUGGAAUGAGUAUCUGCUGGAAGUCUCAAGAAAUCAAACUGAAUCCGGUUCAUAUACUGGGAAUAUUCCUUGGAAUCCAAACAGCCAAUUUGAACACAGGGAUGACAGCAACCUUAAAUAUUUAAGCCAGGAGGGCUCAUCAAGUAUCUACCUAUCUAAGGCCAAAGCAGUUCAGAUCGGUGACAAUAACACUAUGUAUAUUGAAACCCCGAUGUUUAACAGAAAAAAACAGCAAAAAUUCAAACCUUCCAUGGAGACGGCAAAUGCUCAGCAUCUGGGAAGUUUCACCGAUAAACCAGUUAAAGAAGCUCACCUGGACCUCUUGCGAGGAGAACUUGGGAAAGAUUGGAAACACUGUGCUCGUAAGCUUGGGUUCAGAGAAUCAGAAAUUGAUGAAAUUGACCAUGAUUAUGAAAGAGAUGGACUAAAAGAAAAAGUUUAUAAAAUGCUACACAAGUGGCAAAUGAAAGAAGGAUCAAAGGGCGCCACUGUCUGGAAGCUAGUUCAAGCCCUGCAUGGUUGCAACAGGUCAGACCUCACUCUCAGUCUUCAAAACUGUUUCUGAGU